GUUGGAGCCUUUUCCGGGGGUAUGUUUUACCUCAGCCCCGCGAGCAUGGCGGUGCCCGUCUGACCUCAGGGAGCCCGCUGGAAAAGCGAGCCGCGUCGUCCGUUUGAGAUGCUUCAUGAUGAGUGUAAGCCAAGAUACCUUGAAAGUCAAGAUGCAUCAGCAACAGAGCCCUGUUCUAAAAGGAUGAAAUCAACAGAAGAGCCUUAUGGUAAAACCUAUGAUGGCUUGCAAAGACUUCAUGAAGAAAUACAUGUUAAAAAAACCCAUAGUGGGUUUAUUCCUUUGUCCAUUUCUGAUGAAGAGGCACAAAAUGAAAAAGAAACUGCAGAAGUAAAGGCAUUCACGGGUAAAAUACCAGUGUCAUCAGAGCCUUCAAAGUCAGUAAACAAUACUGAGAUUACAAGAAACAAAAGUUUUUCUCCUCCUUCCAAUACCAAUAUGCGUAAAAACAGAGAAGACAAUGACUUCAUCAAAGAGCAUAAGAAUGAAGAGAAAGAAUUAUAUAGCACAAGCAAAGCCUUUAUUGGACCCAUUUAUAAAAGUAAAGCUGAUUGCAUACGUGAUCAAAGGAAAAAGAGAGAAAUCGUGCCUAAACAGGCUCUCCCUGGUGAUGUGCCAAAAAUAGAAGAUGAAUUGUUCCAAUUCUAUAAUGAAAUUGAUCAGCUUGAAAGUGAAAGUGAUGAAAAUCGUUUUGAUGGUCACUUACAGGGGAGAGAAACAAAUUCACUUGGGGAAUAUAAUACAUGGAAUCCAAUGGCUUGUGUAAAUUCUCAAGAAUGGUCCUGUAGAACAUCACCUGGUGGUGAUCAGUGUUUUUAUAAUAAUGCACCAAGUGAUCGUAGAAUAGGUAGUGAACAGUAUCCACACAAUGACCCAUCGGGUCACAGGAGUGACAACAGACGGUGUUGUAACAAUGAAAGAGAUGUAUGGGAAAUGAGACAAUUAUGUAACAAACAGGAUAGUUCUAGAUUCUGGAAUGAUUCUGUGUCUCAGUUAAGGCCUAGUUGGCAAAACAUGCAUCCUUUUAUAAUACCUUAUGGCCCACCACCUCCUCAAUUCACUCCUCGUUUUAAUUUUCAGGAACCUAAUUCCUCAUCACUUCGUUCAGAUACUUUCCAUCCCCCAAAUGUGGGACCAUUCAAAAAUAGCCAUAUUAACAUGAGUAGUGCAACAUCUGAUGAAAAUAAUGCCUAUCAUUUUAGUAAUCAUAAUAUACAGCCCACCAGAAAUGGAUAUAACAUGCCUGAUGGACACAUGGAUAAUGGUUUCUGUGAAACUCGACCAUGUUGGAAAGAAAUUAAAACUUAUCCAGAUGAAGGAUCAAGCAACGUUUCUCAGCAGUUUCCAGAGGGCAAGUUAUACGAGUCACAAAAGCAGCUUCUGAUUUUAAGAGGUCUUCCAGGCUCAGGGAAGACAACAUUAUCUCGUAUUCUGCUUGGUCAGAGUCGUGAUGGCAUAAUAUUCAGCACUGAUGAAUACUUUCGGCAGAACAAUGGAUGUUGGUCAUAUAAUGUUGCUGAACUAGGUGCUGCUCAUGACUGGAACCAGAAGAGAGCAAGACAAGCAAUGGAUCAAGGAAGAUCCCCAAUUAUAAUAGACAACACUAAUACACAAGCCUGGGAAAUGAAACCUUAUGUAGAAGCGGCUCUAGAAAAGGGCUACCGAAUAGAAUUCCAUGAACCAGACACAUGGUGGAAGUUUGACCCAGAAGAAUUAGAAAAGAGGAAUGAACAUGGGGUCAACCGUGAGAAGAUUGUUCAAAUGUUGGAAAGAUACGAGUAUCAAAUAUCAAUACCGAUUGUCAUGAAUUCGGUCCUGCCUUUUCACAAAACUUCACAGUGGCCACCUCCACAAAGAAGACAGAGGGAGUCGGUUGUAAAGAAGAAGCACAGGUUGCACAAGAUGAAACAGAGAAGGAAGCAAAAGAGGAACAGAAGAAUGAAGGGUGCUACCAUGAAAGCUAUGGGGAAAACGUCAGGUGGACAUUUCACUCCAAGUGAUGAAGAGUCAUCACAGAGUGGCCUGGAAGAUUCAGAAGACAAUGGAAAAUCAGAAUAUGUGAUUGGGCACCAGAAUGAGCUAAAAGAAUGUGUUGAGAGUGACUCUGCCAAUGAUAACAGUCUAACACAUAGUGAGUUGCAAGAAGGAAGCGUCAUUGUUUCUGAUAUGGUGGAUCCAGUGUUGGACAAUUCAUUAAAAAGGAAAGCUUUUGCAGGAGAUGGUAGUCUACCUUUAAUGCAUUUGCCAGCUGCUCCUAAUGAAAACAGAACUGAACAAUCAUUCAGUGAUCAUUUACCUAAUGAAAUUAAAAAUGUAAACUUUGUAGAAGGCAAGAGCAAUGACUUGGAGUAUGAAAAGCACGAUUCUCUGAAGUUGGACCACGUUACUGAAAAUAGUACAAAAAUACUGACAAAUAGAGAAGACAAAGACAAAGCUGCAUCUACUGAAGUCAUACUUGAAUCUGGCCCAGAAAGUAAACUGCUCAGCGAUGAGGAAAAAUUAGGCGCUCCUCAUCUUCCUGGGCUAUCAAAAAAGAAUGAGGGAAAUACCUGGGCUUUCUUUUCUAUCGACUUGGCUGACAAACAGCCCCAAACCAUCUUGGAGAAAAGUGAUUCCUGUUUGACUUGGCCUGAUGGUACAUCUAAGAUCAUGUAUGAGCAAAGGCCAAAGAGGGAGAGGAGGCCCAAGCAAGUAUUUUCAGGAAUGACAGGAGAAUUGAUUGAACAUCAACCUAAUAAAGAAUUAGUGAAAGGAGAAGUGUUACAUGGAAAUGGCAGUAUAACAGAUUGCGCUCAAAUACCCCAGCUAACAGAGAACAUCCAUAGAAUGCCAUGCCCUGGGACAGGUGAAUUCAUGACAGAACCUAGAACUAAAACCAGUGAUCCAAACAAUGUAAGCCUUUUAGCUACACCAAGGAAAAAAGGAAGAUGCAAAAGGAUCUUCAAGUUGGCCCCUAGCUUUGGUGUACCCAGACAGAUUCCAGUUAGAAAGGACGAGCAAGUACUAAAGGAUAUUGUUGUACUGGUGGAACAAGAGGAGACUUCAAAUGAAGAGGCUAGAGAAAAGAACAAGCAAAGCCUUGGCUGCUAUAAACGUCCAGUACCUUCUAGUUAUGAUUUAGUAAUAGAAUCAUCUCAUCUUGAUGUAGAACCUCUCUUAUGUAAAUAUUCCAGCCAAUUUGCACAGAAAUCUAUGGACUUCUCAACAAAAGUAGUCGCUCCUCCAAUUCAGAUAUGUACUUACGUGUCUUGUAGAGCUUCCUUACCUAGCGAACAGCAAGUUGUUGCUUUUGAUCAAGCUUUGGAAGCUAACACAAAGAGGGAGAACAUAUCUUCAGAUGUUUCAACUACUCAGCCAGAUAUUUUGUGUUCAGUUCAAGAAACAGACUCUUCUGCUGAAAACUCUGAAAAGAUACAAGAAGUUAAUGAAACUGAGCAGCCAGAGUAUUCCCCAAUCAAAUAUGAACCAUACCCUUUGAAAACGAAAGCCAGUCUUUUGGGGCUUCCUUUAUCCCUAGGAUUUGCACUUCAACUAGUAGAACAUUUUGGUUCUCCAGGAAUUCCACUGGACACUUUAUUACCAGAUGAUUAUGUAGUUCCCCUUGAUUGGGCAACAUCAAAGGAGAUCUAUUUACUGUGGAAGACAUCUGUGGAGAAGAAGCAGAAAACUAUCAUAUCAAAAGAAGACAGCUCCAUACCCGCUGGUGAAACUGCCCAAGAAGGUUCAAAUAAAGAUGAUCAAGACAGAAAAGCAUCUCCCGAAGCCAAUCCAUAAAUGCACUUGGAAGAAGCACCCUUAUUUUGUCAAAUAAUCCAAGCAACGAUGGUGGCGUGUUCUGAACUUUUGUCUAAAAAUUAAAUAUCAGCAUAAUGUGCAGAAA